AUGGGUAGCGGAGAGGCCCAGAGAGUGCGCAAGAAGCGCACUCGCGCCUCGGAUGCAGACGCCGAAGCAGAUGAUCAUCCGGAAUCUUCGGCGUUCAAAAGGAGAGGCACCCCUGUGCCUAAAAGGGGUAGAGGCCGCCCGCCCAAUAGUGGGCAGUAUUUGGGGCUGGCUAAAGGGAAGCGGGAGCUCAUGGAAGCCAGAAGGGCAGAGAUGGAGCUCCAGGCGGAGAAG